GAUCGCAGAAAGCACCGGGAGCUCUCCACGGAAGGAGCCGCGUCGUGAUGACCGACAGUGAGCGGAGCUGCAGCCCGUGACGCCCGACGUUUCCUCCACCCAGCCGGGUAGAUAUCUCAGCGCAGCGCGGUGGGAUCGCUGGAGCCUUGGCACACACACACGCACACACACGCUCAGAAACUGCCUUCGUCUCUCCAGAGUGCACUUCGAGACUAUUCUUCCGAGGCUUCUCCUUCUCUCCAUCUGCGGAAUUGAGAACUUCGGGGGCGGGGGGAGCAGACCGCUGCAGGCGGAGGAUAAACGGACCCACGGAUAGGUGUCCGCCGGCCGGCUGCGCGUUUUUCUGCGGCGCGCAAAGCGGAGCUGCUGGAAGUGUUCCCGUCCCUCCUCACUAGUCCUGUACUCCCCCCUUCCCCGAGCCCUCUGACCGGGCGUCCCGAACGCGACCAACAUGGUUCUUCUGGGGUUCCUGCUCGCUUUUCUCCUCCCAGGUGUGACACUCUCCACAUCCCAGAUAUUCCCCUUCCCAGCUCCUGUGACCGACUGCGUUGAAGCUCACCGUGUGUGCUCCACUGAGCCGCAGUGCGAGGCGCUCUACCGAGGCUUGGAGCUGUGCGCGGUCGAUGCGGCAGUCGCACCGCUAGGGGAACAAGAAGCAUCUGAGUGCCUGGAGAGACAGGACGCCCUGUUGGCCAAACACCCGUCACUUCUGGCCUGCAAGUGCCAGCGUGGCUUCAGGAAGGAGGAGCGGUGCCUCCGCAUAUACUGGAGGGUUCGCCUCCUGCCAGGAAGGGAGGAGCUGGAAAUAUCACCCUAUGAUGACUCCAUGAUUGACUCCCGCAUGGCCUCUUUAAUGUCCGGUUCAUCCUUCAUGCAGCUGGAUGGUGAGAACCAGUGCCUGAAAGCAGCACAGGACUGCGGCCUGUAUGAGAAGUGCGGUGCUCUUCGAUCAGAAUACGUGUUGGCCUGCACAAAGCCAAUGCCCAACACCAGCCGAUGCAACCAGUACAAGUGCCACCGGGCCCUCAGGCGCUUCCUGGAGCGGGUGCCAGAGGAAUACAGCCUGGGCGUCCUGUUCUGCCCCUGCACCAACACCCUGUGUGGAGAGAGGAGGAGGAAAACCAUCGUACCCUCCUGCUCCUACCAGGAUGCAGAGAGUCUGCAGCCUAACUGCCUCCACCAGCAGAGCUUCUGUCGCCGAGACGACCUCUGCAGGUCCAGGCUCGCUGAUUUCCUCAGUAACUGCCAACCAUCUCAUCUGACAGCCAGCGGAUGUUUGAAAGACUCAACAGGCCUCUGCCUCCGAGCCUAUGCUGGGCUUAUAGGAACCAUCAUGACUCCCAACUACGUCAGCAACAACUCUGCUGACGUGUCGCUGUGGUGCAACUGUGAGGGCAGUGGCAACCAGUGGCAGGACUGUCUGCGACUGCAGCGGCUUUUCACCCACAACAGCUGCCUACGGAAUGCCAUCAGCUGGAUGGGAAGCCCAGGAUCGCUGCCCUCUGACCCCAGUCAGCCCCCCGCUCCCAGACCGUCUCCACUGGUCCAGAAGGACGAGCUGCUGAACAGUAACCGCCUGCCUGAGCUCAACAAUGAUGUGGUCGAGAGUGAGGAAGAGGAGGAGUUGACACAGACGGUGGAAGAGGAGGAGGCUGAUGAAGGUGGCCAGUUUGAUGUGAUCCCUCUGUACUCGGAAAGGGCCACCGUCUCCAACCUGGGCUCAUCUGAAGCAGGGGGCGCUGCAGCGCCCAGCGCCAGCCCCACUAAACCAGUACUGCUGCUUUUUCUGCUCCUAACUACUGCCCACAGCUGGGGGUAGAACAAUAUAUAGAAGAUACACACACAGACAUAUACACACCCAUACAUGUACACACUCACAUCAAAUGGUUCCACAAAUAACACUGAUUGCUGAAAAGGUUCAAGAAACAGUAGGAAGAAAUGAACUUUGCUUUUCUUUGUCAGAAGCAUCUUCUUGGUUCUUGACUCCUGUCUUUGUUUUCGUUCUUCACUCCAAACAUGACAAACAGCACUUUUUAUUUAUUUGGCUCUGACUGCAGUCACUGGGGGUAGAGGGGGUUCCACAUGCUACCUAUAACCAGUGAGCAUACUUUAAUAUGUACUUAAAAUGAGCACACAGAUAAUAGUUUCUUUGUUUGAAGUGGGACUGACAGGAUCUGUGAACGGCUCCUUCACAUUAGCUUAAAUUAUACAUCGGAAAUCUGCUGAUGCGUAAGCAAGUAGCCAAAACAAAGUGUUCACAAAAUGUCUACCACCAGCACGAGCAAUUUGCAAACAUGGCACGUGUUUGAAAAUGGGUAGAAAAGUUUUUAAAGGUUUAGCAUGGAGCGAGUUAUUUAUUUAAAAUCAGCACAUUUUGUAAAUUUGCCCUGAUAUUUAAUUAAUUAUCAUUCAGUUUUAUAGUGUAAAUGCUAGUUACAGCUAGAAUACCAGGCAGGGUGUCAUCCUGUGUGGAGCUGUCUCUCAGCUCCUCCACAUGAAGGAGAACAUGGAAGUCUGCCUCGGGGAAAUCACUUUUGAACUCCUUAAAAUUAUGACUUUUAAUUCCAAAAUGGGAUUCCAAUCUGUAUUCCACUCAGCUGAGCAGGACGUCAGUGGGGCGAAUUAAACUACCUGUGCUUCUGUAAGCCCAGAAUCAGGAAAACGAAACCCUACAGGGAAAGAACUUUUGGGCUUCAUUAGUUAUGUUUUCAUCCAAUUGUCAUGUGACUUUUGAGAAAACUUUUAAAUUCUUAUAAAAAAUUAAGAAAAACAAUAUAGGUAUGGAUAUAGAAAUAUUUCAGAGUUUCGUGUCUCUGGUAAGGCACAGACCAACCAGUAGAUGGGAUGGUUUGUUAUAUCAGAAUGUAAUUGGCAAACAUGUUUCCAUCUGCUUUAGCUCAUUAACUAUUUUUUCAAAAACCAUCUCAAGCAACAUUAAAAGUUUGCAAAAUUAUGGAAGUUAUUUUGAAUUUUGCCAUUUUUAUUAAAUGCGAUACUGCAAACAAACAAAAGAAACAAAACAUUGAUGGGUAUGCCACAAUAGUCAAAACAGGAUUUAUUAGGAUGACUUCUGGAGGCAGUUAGUUGUACUGGAUGUAUUUAGGGGUAUCAGAGUAAAGGUGGUCAAAGAACACGUGACAAUUUCAGAUUUUUAUUUAAAAACAUAUUUUUUUGUAUGAAAACUGAAUUGGCCGGGACGAGCUACUGAUGGUGUCUGUCUGAGAAGCUUUUUUGUCCAUCCCAAAAUGUACGGAAUAAAAAACAUGUCAAAGCUCAUAAAGUCAAAUAUUGUCAUAUCUUUAGUGUAGAAUUCAUCUAUCCCACUGCAUAAGGUAUUUUAAUUUGUUCAUUUUUAUUAAUUAUUUACAUUGAUAAGAUACAAAUUUUGAUGCAAUAAAUCACCUUUUGUUUUUUACAUACAAAAGUUUCAAGUGUAAUCUUUGUAUUCAUGUGUUUCCACUACGCCCAGGAAUCUGACACAAGCGACAGCCGCUAACCGCAGACAACCACAUGGCCCAAUGGGGUGUUCAUUUGUGCUUCAAAAACCGAUCUGAUUGGAUGCUGGAAAAGACUAUUGUUAUGUUCAAGUUGUGCUAAAAGGAGUUAGCCUAUAAACAAAGAUAUUCAAUCCUAAAACAGCAUCUCAAUGCUAAACAUGUAGCCGCAGCAGAUGCUAACGCUAAUGUCAACGUCUACAGAAGCUCCAUGAAUGAUCAGGAGUUCCUGAAAUGGAUAGAAUAACAUUUUGCUCCAAUCUGAUGGUUGGAGAAUGUAAAUAAUAAAUGACAAAACUAUAAAUAUAUUUGUUGUUGAGCUCACAUGUUUAUUUAUUCUGUAAUUUAGCAGCAAAAAGGGGUUUCUGAUGUGAAAUGUUAACUGUUUUGUCAAUAUAUAGUCUUCGAUUAAAAUGCAAUUAAUAAACUACACACUCUGGAAUUAACUCCAUUAAAAAUUUGAAUCCAGUCCCACCACUAGUUUGAAUUCAUGCAGAUGAGUCAGUAAGUGAGGAACUGGUGCAAACUGGUUUAAGUGGUUGCAUGUGAAAACCCCACAGCUUCGGUCAGAGCCUGUUGUUGGCCGCACUGGGUGUGAAUGAGUCACCCUAACCAUGACUGAGAGGGACGGGGCCAUGGGGGGUUAAUGCUCAUGAACUUUGUUGCAGUGAUAUUCUGAGUUCUCCAGACUCUCCAGCCAGCAUGAGUGACAGACGCUCAGUGUGUGAUGAACGUAGGGCAGCAGGUUGGUGAUCUGUGUGUUUGUGUGCGAGCAUUCAGGCAUCAAACAUGCAAAUGUCCUUUGUUAUAAUUCGACCCUAGCACUUCGUCAUUCCCACCCACGUCAGCACUGCAAAAAAAAGAUGCAUACACACACAUUUGCACACACG